AUGAGAUGUAUAGCUGCCAAUCGAUCUGUCCUUACAGUACUCGAUCAAAAUGCUACACUAUCUGAUAGUAAUGACAAUAAUAAAACGGCGACGACAAAUGAUAUUCAAUGUAUGGAUAUUAUUCAAUUUGCUGAUGGGUGGUAUUCAUAUCCUGAUUUGAAUACAUUUAACAGUGAUUUACUUCUUGAUACACUUACAAUUCGACAUAUCAAAUCAUCAAAAGCUAUAUCUCCUUGGAAUAUGAAAGCAGAUAAUCCGACUAUUAUUCCACUUACUGAAAUUGCAACGCGUCAACUUGAAGCACUCUUCAAUUUAUCACAAUUGCUUUUCGGUUUAGCUCGAGCAGAACAAUCGAAUUAUACAUUUCGAGAUCUACAAUUAGGCCAACAUCCAAAGCAAUUUCAUGAAGCUGGAUUCAAUAAAUUCCCGAAUAAUCAUCGACCUAUUGAUUUCUUUGCUAUUUUUCAACUUGUUGUUAAUGAUGUUAUCAAAUCAGGUGCUAUUGAUGUUGUUUUUAUGAUGUACAAAGAUCCUCGUAUUCGAUGUGUUAAACAAAAAUGUCUUGAUUUAUUAAGUAAUGUUGCAACUAUACCUGAAGUUGCACGUAUUAUUCUUGAUCAUUAUUAUGAAUUUCUUAUUCAAUUAGUACAAGGUAUUCGUGAUGGACAUUUAAUUGAAGAAAAGAUUCCAUCAUUAUCUGUUCUUUUACGUUUAUGUAAAGUAAUCGUCGAUAAAAAUUUAAUUGAAUCAUAUCAACACUUAAUAGAUUUGCAAUUUAUUGAUAUUGUUAUUGAUCUAUUUGAUAAUAAUGAACAUAAAUAUAUUGAUUUUGUUGUUUAUUUUAUUAAAUUUGAAUCACUUGCACUUCAAUGUCUUAAUAUAAUGUUACAAUGUGCUGAACAUGUUGAUAUGUGGUCAGAAAGAGCACAAAUUCGUUUAGUAAAUUAUUGUUGUACAUUAUUACAUAAAUCUGUAUUGGAUGAUGAACAUAAAUAUCAUCAUAAAAAACAAAUUGAAUUAAAUCAUCUUAUUUAUGCUGAACAACAUUCGAUUAUUCAUUCACUAAGUUAUGCAAUUUUAACAUUUUUAAGUGUUGUCCGAUGUCGAAAAGAAAUAGGAACAUUUUAUCGUGAAAAUGAACAUUUUAGAGAAUUACUUAGUGCAAUGAGACAUAAAUAUGGACCUCGAAGUGAAUUUAUGUCACGUGAUCCAUCAAUAUCUAAUGCACUUAAUCAAAUUGCUAAUGUUCUUUUUGAUCGACAUCAGCGAAAGAAAAAGCGACAUCAUUAUUAUUAUCAACAACAAUCCAAAGAUUAUAUGAAACAAAAUCCAUAUGAUCAAUGUCAAGAUGAAGAAGACGAUAAUGAUGAAAAUCGACAAUAUCGUAAAUGUUCAAAUUCUUUAUGUCAAAUAAUUGAAAACGAUCAAGUAAAAUUUCAACAUUGUCCUCAUUGCCAUAAGUUAUCAUAUUGCAGUCAAUAUUGUCGGGAAAUUCAUUGGACACUCAAUCAUAACUUAUCGUGUCGAUCGAUUAAUCAUAAUGGAAAGAAAGAUGACUCGACUGUCUUAUGUACAAUAAAUCGAUGUUCUGAAACAUUACCAGCACCAUAUCAAGAAAAUAAUACAUUGUCGAUGUUUCACAACUCGACAUUCGAAACCUUACCCGUACAGAUGUCACAACCAAUUAUUGAGCCAACAGCCGAGAUUACAAAUGAACUGUGUUAUCCACCUUCAUCAUCAUCCACUACAACUACCAAAAAGAAGUCGUUUAAAACUUUAUUAUCACUUCUUCGUUUUUGGUAG